AUGCCCCGUAUUGGCAGUGGGAUAGACCAACUUGAUUGGCCUGCCAUCCGGACCAUGAUUCGGUUUGUAUUUAAGGAGAUGGAUAUCAAAAUCCAUGUUUAUUCUCUAACAGAGUUAACACACGCGGAAAAACUAGAAAUCAUCGCAGAGCAUCAUUCCAGCCUACUAGGAGGACACCGCGGUAUAAACCAAACCGUAAAGCGCAUUCAAACACAAUUUAACUGGGAAGGAUUGGAAGAUAAUGUGAAGGAAUAUGUGUCCAAAUUUCCAUCAUGCCAGAUAAACAAAACGUGUAACAAGAACGUCAGGCAACCAAUGGUCAUAAGUACCACGGCCACCGAACCUUUCGAGAAGGUAUUUAUCGACGUGGUCGGGCCCUUACCGAGAACACAUAGCAAUAAUGCCUACAUCUUAACAAUGCAGUGUGACCUCACGAAAUUCUCCAUGGCUAGUCCAAUGGAAAAUCAUGAAGCCAACACUGUGGCGUAUCAUUUCGUAACCUCUUGUGUAUGUCUCCAUGGAAUACCAAACAUGUUGGUUAGUGAUUAA